AUGAUGCGUCUAGGAUGGCUUUUAUGGACUUUUGCUUGUUUACCAAGCCUGAUUGUCUCAACCUCUCCCACUUACCUUGAGCAAUGCAUUCAAUAUCUCAACAUUACAAACCCUGAAGAAGUCAAACUCUUUGUACAAGAGUGGACUAGACCAGGCGCGAUCAAGCGACUGGAAUUCGCCCCCUUGGCCUCCCAACUGCCGACUUGGGAUCUUCCUCUUGGUCGUCGCCAAGAUCAACUCGUAAAAUGCUUUGGAAACGACAACGGAUGCCCGGAAGCUGCCCCUCAAUGCUGCGGUACCCAAGCCAAUGGAUGGUGCUGUGGUGACAACAGGGCGUGUUGCCGAGCAGAUCCUGGAGGUAACUGCUGUCUUGAAGGACAGAGUUGUUGCGGAACUUCAAAAGAUCCAGGUUGGGGAGCUUGUUGCGAUCCUGAUGCGACAUGCUGCAAUCCUUCCGUCGGGAAGCCAUAUUGCUGCGAUGAAGACCAGAAGUGCGACAAUAAUGCCCGAACAUGCGUCAAUCCCACGGCAACUGUGACCGAGACAACGACUUCGUGGGCGACCGAAACCGACACCGAGACCGUUACGACAGAUGGCACAACGACCGUAAAAACUGUGUCGACCAUAGAGACCACCGUACUUGUGACGGUAUCCCGAGGCCCUACAGAUGAUGAAGCUACCAGGGAGGAUACGGCUACAGAUUCGGACAGAAAACAUAAGCGAUUUAUCCCUCCGGCUCCUCAUAAACGCCUCAGUCGCGAAGCCCCCGCAACCAAGGCAAUACAGCCGGUCUUCCUCAGACCAGCUGCAAGCCUCAAUGCGCUAGCUGACGGUCUCGCUCGACGAGGAAUCCCCAUCCACAGACGAGCCACAGACACGGAAACAGUCUACGAGACGAAAGAAGCGACGACAACAAUUACCGACACAGAAACAAAGACAGAAUGGACAACCAAGUACUCAACCUCGAUCACAACACAUAAACAGACCGUCACGGUUUUUGUUCAAGGUCAAUCCACCGUCACCGUAGGGCCUACAGGAACAGCAUCAAGCUCUUCAGAAUCAGGCUCCAACGAUGGCGGCGCAUCCAAAGGCACUAUUAUCGGUGCAGCCGUUGGCGGCGGCCUGGGCUUGGUAUUGAUCGCCCUGCUUGCUUUUUUCCUGUGGAGGCGACGACGCAAGACUGCAAAUCAGACGCAGCCUAGCCAAUUUUAUGCAGCCAACAGUGAAGCCCCUGCAACGGCACAGAAGCCACCACCUCCUUUCAUGUCCUCGCCCCCAACGCCGGCUGGGGCACGCGACACUUGGGCCUCGAGUCCCAGCCGAAGCGAGUAUUCCCAGCCGCCUGCAUAUCCGUCUCCCAUGCCUGAGUUGGCCAACACUCAAUUUGCUUAUGAGAUGCAUACGUCGCCGCAGCGGUCGCCACAGGAGCUGUAUCAUUCCCAGUACAUGGGUGGCUUGGGAUUGCCUGAGAUGAGGGACCAGCGGAGGGGUUAG